AUACCUAGGACUCAGUGUGGAUCUCGACGCCACCCUCAGAAGAUGUCGUCUGCGAUGGCGACGAAACGUCAGACUCAAAUGUGAUCCAAUUAAGGAAAGGUUGUCUGACGACGCAAUUCCUAUAUUCAUUAUAAAAGAUGAGCUUAACAAUGAUAAGACCAGUAAAUGGUCUAUGCAUGAUGAUCAUCCUUUGCAAGUCUACAAGUGCACCGCACAGUUGCAGGAGGAUGACUUUAUUUUCUACCGAGUUACAGCAAUAUAUAAUGGUUCAGAAGUAGUGUCAAAAGUUACUUACCCUGAUGAUGAAGGAAUAGAAGUGAAGAGAAUGCGUUUUUCAAAGGAUCGUGACAACCGUACUCUGUACACAGCCAGAAUAACAAUCACAUACUACAGAUCAUUAUUUGACAAUCAACAAGUCAAGCUAGCCAGUGAUGCUACAGUGACUGUCAAGGAGGGUUUGUUGAGCGGAAUACAAAAUUGUUUGAAUUGUUUUAAGCCAUAAAAGUGAUUUGGGGCUCAUUCGUGAUUACAUAAUUCAAUUUAUGAGUCUUGAACUUUCAAGUUAUUAAUAUACAAUAGAAUACAGUAUCUAUUUUAGACACUAAUUAUUAUUAAUUUCAGAAAAAUUCUGGGUGAAAUUGAAACAUAAUACAAUUUACAAAUGAUAGAUGAUUGGAAAUUAAAUUUGUGAGAUGUAAUUGAUAUUAAAAUUGAUGGAUGAAAAAUAAAUUGUGUACAUUAUUGUGCCAGGAAACUGUAACAUAGUUCAUGCAAUUCCUCUCCAUAAUGGCAGUUUCAUAGGAGCGACAUUGAGUGUAGGAGACCCAUAAUAAUAGAUAAGAGAACGAAUGUUUAUGAUUUGAAGGUAAUUCAUCAAAACAUGGAUGGUCUAUUCCAUAAGAUUAAUAUUUUAGAAAUUUUGAUUGAAGAUGAAAGUCCUGAUGUUUUGCAAUUCCUUGCUCAAUAAAAUAUAAUUGAUUACUUUAAACGAG